CGUCCACCAGCACACUCACACGUACAGAGAGAGAGAGAGAGGGCGCUGCGUGAAAUGAAGAAGCUACCCGACACAAACAGCAGCAGCAAAAAAAGCAGCGUGGCGGCUCACUCCUUCCUUUUCGCUCGUAGUAUAUCACUAUAGUUAAUACUAAUCCGGAAAUUCGGACUUGGUAGGUAUUGUUUGGUUCCUCUUCUGGACUGUGCACUGAGCCUCAGAGGAAAAUGCCAACUCACUCUUUACUGCCAUUUGUGGACAGCCCAGAUGGCCUUCUCCAAGAUAUCCUGAUUAGUAACAAUGCAGGAAUCCCAGGGCCUAGUUGCAGCAUGACACCACAGAGCGCUUGCACUGCGAAGGCCGUGUUACAGUCUGAGGACAGUGUGCAGCUAUCCUGCAUGUUUUGCGAUCAGGUUUUCACGCAUCAGGAUGAGCUCGGCCCGCAUGUGCUCACACAUCACCCCACUACAUUCUACGAACCCAUGGUGCUGCGGGUCGAUGCUGAGUUCAGGGUCCCCGGGGAGAGAUCCCGGCCCAAACCCAGCGUCUUGCCCACGCAGGAGGAGGUAGCAGCUCCCAGCUGCAUCGUUUGCGGUCAGGUGGCGCACGAUGCUAGUGAACUGGAGACCCACAUGAGGAAGCACAAGGACUACUUUACUUACUGUUGCAACGUUUGUGGACGGCGGUUCAGAGAGUCAUGGUUUUUGAAAAAUCACAUGAAGAUGCAUGUGAAACCGGGACCAAAGAGCAGGGCUGUUCUGGACCAGGAGGCCCCAUUCACCAUUAAUGGCAUCACCCAGGAGCCGUCCUUGGAGCCCGUCCUGUCUGUUUACAAAAUGUGCAUGAUUUGUGGGUUUUUCUUCCCUGAUCAUGACAGUUUGGCGGAACAUAGUAAGGUUCACAAUCGAGAGGCGGAGCUAGGUAAAGAUGAAGGCAAGGAGAAGAUUGAUGGUUCUACUGAGUCCCACAAACAGGAAGCUUUUUUACAUAGUCUCAACCUGCAGCCUGCCUCUGAAAAUAAAAGUUUAAACAAUGCAAGAUCAUCUAAGUGGAUUCCCCAGCUGGAUCCCUUUACUACAUAUCAGGCCUGGCAGCUUGCGACAAAGGGCAAGAUAGCAGUUGGCCCUAAUAAUACUAAAGAUAUCGGUCAGGAACUCAGCACAGACAACGAAGACUGUGGCUCUGAUAAAGAAGAGACUAGUGUUAUAUGGUCAGAAGGUCAAGGAGACAAAACUGUGAAAGAACUCCGGUCUCAGCCGCAGUCUGCUACUGAAUCCUCCAACCCACCGCGGAGGUCACUCAUGCAAAAACAUAAGGACAAAGAGAGGCCAACCACUUGUGAGGAGUGUCACAAAACAUUCAGAACCUAUCACCAGUUGGUUCUCCACUCCAGGGUCCACAAGCGUGAGAGAGGUGGCGAAGAUAGUCCAACUUCUUCUGCUGAUAUGAAAACGCCAAGAACAGUCUCACAGGACCCGGCAGAGGAGGCGCACGAGGAGGCUUUGGAGGAAAACUUCAUUUCAGGAGAGGAUGGUCUUGAUCGAUCAAAAUACAGGUCCAAAGAAUGCAGCUACUGUGGCAAAUCAUUCCGAUCGAGUUAUUACCUCACAGUUCACAUGAGAACUCACACAGGUGAGAAACCCUAUAAAUGUGUUUAUUGCAACUACGCAGCCGCUCAGAAGACUUCACUAAAAUACCACUAUCAUCAUCGCCACAAAGACAAACCAUAUAUGGAAAGCUCCAGCAGAUCUGGACCUCUACUACCUUCUCCUGAUGGUAGCCCUGCCCCAAGCAGACCUAAACUCUGGAAUUCAAAAGCAAAUGGAACACCUAAGGUUAGAUUUGAUAGCUUGGACAUAAAACCAGAUAAGCAUAUUGUGCAACUAAACACAGAAGGCAAUGAUGUACAAGUAGAGCAACCACUAGCGGUUAACCUGAAAAAGGAAAAGGAGGAAAGGAACGAGAACUCUGAGGGUCCAUUAAAUUUGUCCUUGAAAGUGACUGUUUCUAUAGCUGCCGAAGCCAGAUGUGCAUUGACGCCAAAUUCAUGCUCAUUUUGCACAUAUAAAACCCUUUACCCUGAGGUUCUUGUAAUGCACAAAAGGUUGAUGCAUAAAGACAAAUCAGAUAACACCAAAAAGAACGAAUAUGGAUACAGUGUGAAACGAAAACGUUAUACAGGUUGCCCCCCUGCUCUGGAGGGGAAAGAUGUUAUUCCUCUCCAGAUGACUGACAGACGCCAUCCUCGCCGGACCAAAUCCCCACUUCCACAACCCUCCAAACCUCCAGAAGGUCUCCCAGUAAACCAGCCUCACGGCCCAAAGUGCUCACCGGUCCCUGCACCAGGCCGAGACGUCAAGCCGGGGUUCCAACCUUACCAACAAAACGUUGAGUCCCACCCCAACCAGGAAUCCUCCAAGUACACAGAGGUUACGAGGAAAACCAACGCAGGCAGUAAGUAUGUAGUGGACAGGUCAGCUUCUCUGGACAGAGUGGGAGUAAGCGAGAGGAGCUACCCAUCAAGAAGCGGCGCCCUUUGGCACUCGGAUGCUGCUCGCCUGUGUCUGUCGAGCAGAUUUGGGAGCCUCCCUCAAGUGGAUUUUGGUGACCCAUCUGGCAAGAGAUUGAAGCUUUCUGUACCAACAAACAGAGCAACUGAGACUGGCGAGAAAGCGUCUUUUAGACCACCACCACUAGACGGACCCAGUAGGUUGCUUUUUCCAGGAAGAAAUGCAUCGCAGGGGCCAGGCCCAUCCUCGUCUUCCCUGUGUCCAAUUAAAACCGGGUCUACACCUCUGGGGGGAAGUUUGGAGUCGGAGUGGAACAUGAUGAACUUUCUGCACUACACACCAAAUGAUCUGGCAUCCCUCUACCACAGCACACCAACAAACCCCAGUCACGGAGGACUGGCCAACCCCAGAGUUGGGGCCAGAACUCUACUGUAUCAACCCUUACCAAGCCUGCCCAGCCUUCCAAGGAGAGACCCCUCAACCUCUUUCCCACACCAGUGCUACGGGACCACUGACAAGAACUCCUAAAAUAAAAAGCACCAAGGUAAACCACUGGAAAAUAUGUGCAACAAAUUUGUUUUGAACUUCAAACCUUUUUUUUUCUUGCUUUUGUUGUUGUCCUUCACUGGAUUGAAACUUGUUAUCCGCGGUAUAAUUUUGUUUCCCUUUUUCUAUAUGUAAACAGAGCUGCUACCUUAUUUCGGAGAACUUUAUGGAAAAAGUAUUUAAUUUCUGCAUUUAUAAAAUGAGUCUGCUCAGACUGUGCCUUUGUUGCCUUUAAUUUAAUGUAGAUUCGAUAGAAGAAAAUGUGUGUUAUAUGGAUAUUUCAGGAGCUGAGAAUUUCAUUAUACAGUUAUUUUCUUAUCCACGUGCACAGAUAUAAGUGCACAGAUAUUUCUCCACUUGGUGUACACUGGGAUAUUGCUAUCAAUUUAAACAUUUAUCUAAAGUCAUAUUCUACCCACACUAAUCUUUAAAUAUCAGGUUAUGUAACAACAAAAGCAGUGUGUAAGAUUAGAUAAAAUCCGCCUCUACGUGAGACGGGAUUUGUGUGAAAAUGACGGCUCCAUUCGCCUUCUGGCAGCAGUUAAACAAUUUUGUUUUUGUCUCUUCCAAAUCACCGAUGAGAAGUUUGAUGGUCUUGGCCCAUUAGAUUACAAGUAGGCCACAGAAACCGUUUUUUCUGGAUGCUCUACCUCAUGCUGCUCUCUGUACACUUAGUUAUUUUUAAAGCUGUUGUUGCUAUAAUGUCAACUGAGCUUGUGUACCUUGAUAAAUGGAGUAUUUCAGAAAUUGUCAAAAACCACAUGUAAUACACUGUGACACACAACUACAUCUACAUUUUUGGUGUGGAUUAAGUUCAUAUGCUUCAAGCAGAAAAUACUUUAGUUACAAGAUUCUUUUAAAAUGGUACAUUUAAUCAUUAACCUCUAGUGCCUCGGAUCCAUCAGCUGCGAACCGUGGUUCGGUUUGUAAUAAAAUGAUCAAACCUUGUCAUUUGAUUGGUGCACAUUCAGUCUUGAAAGUGUGUAGUUUCCAGUGACCUUUUAUGUGUGUGCCUGGGAAAAACAACAACCUAGAAGCAGCUGUUUUGAUUAAUGAUUCAAUUAAAUGUGAACUGUGAAGAAAAGAGUCUCAGGUUAACUGCUUUACUCGAUGCUCAGGCGUCGCUUGCGUAAUUUUGUUUCUUUUGCAUUGAAAUGCCUGAGAUAAAUGUGGUUUUUUUGUAUUUGGCUUGCAUGUAAACUUCAUGUAAAAUUGAUACUAUUGUUUUGAAAUUUGUAUGACAUUUCAGUAAUAAAAAUGAGAGGCAAAGAAUUUGUCA